AUGGCGGUGACAACUGUGUUCAUAUUACUGCUUGCUACAUUUGGAUCAGCGAGGGAAUAUACAGACGUGGAAACAUCCAGUUUCCCUGCACUAUUUCAUCUGGAUGACUAUGAGCGAUGUCUAGCAAAGGAGGAUGGAGUGUAUUGCCUUGGCACCUUCGAUCUCACACCGGCGCAACUGCCACACACAACUUAUGAUUUAAUGAAGGCUUAUUCAGAUGAAUCAUAUCGUCACUUUAACCGAACUAGAAUAUAUCGCGGCUACUGUUUGAGCGAAAGAUGUUCCUCGGCUACUUUAGCACGCUUUAACACUACAUUUGACCUUGGAGACAGCCCUGAAAAACUCUUCGAAAGAUGCACAAACUUCUAUAUGCAAGCAGAAAACUUCCACGCUUCCAUAAAGUCUGUGGACUACUGUCGCACUCAUUCUGACAUCAUCGAAGCUUCGGAAAGACCCCCCACUUCUGCAGAACUAAUCUUCAAGAAUGUGGUUUAUGCCUUGGUAAUUGCUAAUAUUGUGGGGACCAUUUAUGAUAAUUUCGCUGGUGACAACCCUAACAAAAGCAAACUUCUGUCUGCGUUCUCCAUACCAGCAAAUUGGCGUCGCCUGACAUUUAUCCGUGAAGGUGGAGAUCCUCGACAAGCAGCCUUGGUGCCCAUGGAAGGUCUCAGGGUGAUGGCACUUGGAUUCACAACAUACGCUCACGCCAACGUUAUUCAUUUCAUGUUCCACAUUAAAAAUCCCGAAUAUUUAGAGAAGUUAACCCAGAGACUGGACGGAAUAUACUUGUCAGAUGGAACGUCCCUGAUCCAAGCAUUCGUGAUGAUGACCUGCUUCCUCACUGGGUACAACCUGCUGAUCUACUCUCAAAAACAGGAGCUGGGGUUGUAUAUGCUACCGCUUUGUAUUAUUAAGCGACUUAUAAGGAUAACUCCUGUUCACCUCUUGAUAGUGGGAUUCGGAGCAACCUGGUGGUUGAAUACAAGGGAUGGACCACUGGUCUCCACCACCAUAGGUCUGGAGAGCGAGGCUUGUACGACCAAAUUCUGGUCACAUGUGUUCCUAGUGAACAAUAUCGUGGACUCUGACAAAUAUUGCGUUGUUCCAACAUGGUUCUUACCAGUGAAUAUGCACAUGUAUAUACUGGCAUGUACUUUCACGCUCCUGCUAUGGCGUCGACGGUGCUUCGCAGUAAGACUAUACUUGGUUCUCUUCUUCGCUUCCUGUCUUCUGAACGGAUUUGUUGCGUAUAUGAAGGACUACAGAUCUAUGAUAUACCUAGCAACUCCUGAACAAAUCCGUAGAAUAUUCAGAGACACCCCAUCUUUCACUGAGUUCUACUUAUCAUCCUGGGGAGCGCUGCCAGCUUGCUUCAUUGGUUUAAUUCUCGCUAAUAUUCAGUUUGCAUUGGACGAGAGGAAAAUCAAACUUUCUGACUAUAAAUGGUUCGUCUACCUUCAUUACACGACGUUUCCCAUGUUAUUUGUGUGGGCCCUAACUGGUGUAUAUGCACGGGAGCAUUCAUCCAGCCUCUUCAAUGCUGCUUACAUAGCUUUCGACCGCCCGAUGUUCUGUAUACUUAUGUGCGUUUGUCUUAUGGGAGUAUUCCAUAUCGACGGACCAAUACGUAAGUUCUACAGCUGGCGCGGUUGGCGAACGAUGGCACGCAUGUCGUUGACAGUGAUGAUGCUGCACUGGUGCGUCGAUAUGACCAUCGCCAACAGAUCGGUAGCUUAUGGAACGUCUGCGAUUGAUAUGGUGGUGGACUGGUGCGCAACUAACUUAAUCACCUAUGUGAUCGCUGUACCAAUCACAAUUUUAGUGGAAAUUCCAAUGCAAAGGUUCAUAGAAGCCUUGAUUUUUUAA